AUGUACCCGAUGCCGGACCAGGCGUAUCAAGGCAAGUCCUCUGGUUGUUACCCCGUUCGGGCCGCAGAUGCGGCUUGUGAUGCCCGCCUACCAGCAUGCCAAAAUUGUCAUAAAUCCGGCCUCUCAUGCUCCUUCUACGACGACGUGCUGCAGCAAGAUGUUCCGAGGAGCCACAUCAAGAGCCUCUAUGACCGCAUCGAAGAGCUGAAGGCCGUCGUUGCCGUCCACCACACGCACGCUCAGCAGGCAGACAACACCACUUCAGACCCGGCGGAUCCGGGUGCUGCAUUCCAAUUCGUCUUGCGCUCCCGGAAUGGCACCCUUUUCCUGGAACAGUCCCCUCCAGUUAUCAUCGGCGAUGCCACGGUGCGCAAGCUGCUCGACCAGGGUGUCAAGAUCGAGUCACCGCUCCUGCCCCCCGGGAAUAUCAAUCCCGAAGAAGAGGGCAUCAACGUUGUCGCAGCGUCCAGGCUCGACAGGGCGUCAGUGUCACCAAGCACGGUCCGUCUGUUACUGGCCCACUAUGUGCGCUGCAUCGAGCCAGCCCUACCCGCCAGCGUCACCCUACCUGAUGAGAACGAGGCGAGUCUCAAGCAGAUGGGAGAAGCAGACAGGUGCUGCGUCCUCCUAGCCUGCGCAAUUGCUGCAACUCACAAGAGCUACUACGCGCCGGCGUGGAAGAUCGUGGCCACCACCUGCCGUGAGUGGGGCGGCGAGCUGGCCGCUCAGUCUGUGACGGGGCCGAAUGAUCAUACCGUCGUCAUCUUGCUGCUGCUCAUCAUAUACGAGCUCGCGGAUCCGGAGAGAGGUCUUAUAUGGGAGCUUUUAAGCUUUGCAACCAGGUCCUGCCUGGAGCUCGGCUGGCAUCGCAUGGAUGAGCAGGCCUCCGUCCACCCAUUGCCGGGGCCCACAAUACCGGCCACACCUCAAUUAAGGCGACUGCCGCUAGAAACCAAGAAGCGGACGUUGUCUGUGCUGAUCUAUAUUGAAAGAAUGAUGAAUAUUUUGGUUCAUCGAACAAGCGUGCUUAGCGGUAGCAUUCCCUGGAAUCAAACCGAGAGCGACGUGGCGUACAAUUACUGCAUCAAGAUCAUGCAGCAGCUGUUCGGGCCCUCGGCCUCUGGACUCUUCGAGGCGAGCAAAGGAGGCAAAUCAGUAUCGCCCCACAUUUACCAGAAGCGGCUGGCGCUCAAUUUCGUUCUGAUGUUCUGUUACGGGAGACGCUUCGAAGACAUUGCUGACCCGCUCCUACACCGUAUCCUGGGUGAUGCCAAAAUCAUAUCAAGUUUCCGAUCUACGAAUUCCAAUGCACAGGAUUACAUCCCAUAUCUCAGAUCUUAUUUCUUCCGAGACGAGGCCCGCUCCUCCGUUGCGAAUCAAGUUCGAGGCCGCAGAGACCAGUGGCUUGCCACACUGCUCGAGGAAGUUAAAGAAAGCAUUGCGGCAGAAGGCAACAAGAAUUGUGUCGCCUCAGGCUUGCUCACGGAUACACAGGAGAAUCUGACAAAAGGCAAGUAUCUUGCUGCAAAUGACGUUCGCACAAUCCUAGGCGGUCUGAUGUCCGGUGGCUUCGAGACAAUACUAGCCACAGCGAUUGCUGGCAUCGCCUACCUGGCCAGCCCUGCAGGCCAAGCCGCACAAGAGAAAGCUUAUUUGGAGUUGAUUGAUGCCUCAGGUGAUGCUGAAGCCGCAUUCAAGGAAGCUGUAGAGGGGGAAAAGUCCCCGUACUUGGCGGCAUUUGUACGCGAGACCCUCCGGUACUAUCCUCCACUUCACAUCCUACCACCUCGACAAACAUACCAGGAAUUCGAAUGGGAGGGUGCAAAAAUACCGAAGGGUGUCAUGAUUCUCGCGAACGCGCAGGCAAUAAACCACGACCCGGCAAUCUAUGGCCCAGACGCCCACAUCUUCCGGCCGGAGAGAUGGACUGAUCCGGAGCUGGCUGAUAAAGUGCCUGCACCUGAAGACAACGAAAAUACUACCGCUCAGGCCGCCGUACCUAAAGCUUUUGAAGCGUACUUUGAGGUGAGGGAUAGAACGGCUUUUGAUGCCUGCUUGAAGCAGUCCGAGAGGAGAACUAGGAAUGUUACGAAUGGUAUGGUCAGAUGA